CAACACUCUUAAUCAACCAAAAGCAGCAAACAAGCUAAUUCGUCAAAAUGAGAGUCUUUCCCCGGUUAUUAAUGGCCACUCCAUCCUCAAUGGGCUCCAAGUCUAGCCUCACUGAAGCCGUCGCCCUCCUCCCACCCGUCCAGCUCUACCGCCGCCUUCUCCGCGUUCAUCGCAAGAAGCUCGAUCCGGAGAUGCGCAUUCUGGGCGACUUGUAUGUCAAGGCGGAGUUCCGGGCGCAUAGGGAGACCGAAAAUCCGGUGCACAUUAUCGGGUUCUUAACGGAGUGGCAACUGUAUGCGCAGAAGUUGGAGGGAGAUGCUUGGGCUGGGGAUAAGUUGGACAAGGCGAAGUUGGAUAAGAUGAGUGACCAACAACUCGGGCAGCUUUACGAAUUGAUGCAGACCAUCAAAAGCAAUGAAGAGGGAGGGGGAGAAAAUCAAUGAUUUAUACUCAGAACUGCAUAUUAGCUUGGUUUUCCUACAUACGAGCCUAUCCGGCCAUCCCGACACCAACCGGACGACAGAUGAUCGUCCGCAUACUUUGCUCCGGUCUCCUUUCUGCCCACUCGCAUCUCUGAACAUGAUGACUGUUUUUUUUUUUUUUUUU